AUGGGAGCUGGAGAUCCAGUUUUGUAUAGCUUGUACGUCUACACUCCCAACAGAGGUGCUCCAGUCUUCUUCACCGUGGCAUUCGCCAUUUCUGCCGUCUUUCACAUUUGGCAAUGCUGGCGCUACAAGGCCUUUAGGCUGAUCGGACUGCAUUCUGUGUGCGCUGUGCUAUUUACUCUGGGCUUCGCAUUCCGAGAAUACGCAUCAUACCAUUACAUCUAUACGGGUGCCAAAGGGACACCUCUGAUCAUAUUCAUCCUUAGUCAGGUCUUUAUCAAUGUUUGCCCGCCACUUCUAGAGCUUUCGAAUUACCAUGUCCUCGGCCGAAUCUUUGGCUAUGUGCCACACUGCGCUCCGAUACCUGCGUCUCGAGUUCUGCUUACGUUUGGCGGCCUUAUGGGUCUUGUCGAAACUUUGAAUGCUGUGGGAGUUGCUUUAUCUGCUAAUCCCUCGGCAUCGCCUGGUCAGCAGAAGCUUGCGAGCAAUUUAUUAAUAGCCGUGCUUGUCAUUCAGCUCGGCGUUAUAGCUACUUUCUUCUGUAUGGCUGCCAUCUUCCACAUGAGGUGUACGAAAGCUGCUGUCCAAGCCAAGGCUGUCAAAACUAUGUUAACCACUCUUUACAUGAGCAUGGCUCUCAUCUUUAUAAGAUGCAUCUACCGCCUGGUAGAGCAUACCGGAAAUACAAAGAUAGACAUUACAGAUAUUGAGGCCCUCAAAGGUCUAAGUCCUCUUUUACGCUACGAGGUCUUCUUCUAUAUUUUCGAGGCGACUCUUAUGUUUCUCAAUUCCGCGAUAUGGAACGUCUGGAACCCAGGUCGCUUCUUGCCGAGGAGCCCUCACACCUAUCUUGCACAAGACGGAACCGAGGCCACAGUGGAAGUAAUACCGGAUAGUCGAUCAAUUUUCGCCAAGAUCGCCAAUGUGCUGACAUUUGGACUAUUGUUCCGCAGAAAGAAUACCACGGUGGUAUUUGAAGAGUUGGCCGCGUAUGAUAGGAGUGAGCAAGCUGGAGUGCAGGUACACAAAUAA